AUGGGCUACAAGAUGAUGGCAUAAGUGGAGUCUUUGACCUUUCUCCAUGUGAAUUUGUGAAACAGUCACAAUAGUUGGUGAUCAUGAUCCUGCAUUAUUGAAAUACUUUGAUUGCACACGUUCAGGACCUCGUUCGGCUUUUGAAAGCAAUGUUGUCUAUCAGUUUGAGAUAAUGGAAUAUAUUCUUGACUUUGGGUUUGAUCGGCUGGGUGCAGAUCGGUCACAGGUUGACCAUCCUGUCCUUAUUACUGAAUGUGCAUGCAACCCAGUGCAGUCUCGCAGUAAGAUGGCAGAACUGCUUUUUGAGUCUUAUGGAGUGCCUUCAGUAGCAUUCGGUGUAGAUGCUGCAUUCAGCUAUAAGUAUAAUCAACGACUUGGGAUUUGUGAUAAUGAUGGCCUUGCCAUCUGCUCAGGAUUUUCCACAAGUCAUGCUAUUCCGUUUAUCAGUGGAGAGCCUGUUUAUGCAGCAUGCUGCCGAACUAAUGUUGGUGGAUACCAUGUCACUGAUUAUUUGAAGCAGCUUCUUUCACUUAAAUACCCACAUCACAUGUCAAGGCUUACAUGGGAGAAGGUUGAAGACCUGAAAAUGGAACACUGUUAUAUCGCACCUGAUUAUGCUUCAGAAGCCAAAUUAUUUCAGAAUGGGACCAAGGAAGCUGAAGAAAAGACAAGGUGUUGGCAGCUCCCAUGGACACCAUCACCUAUUGAGGAGCCUCCAUCAGAGGAGGAGAUUGCCAGAAAGGCUGCUCUAAAGGAGAAACAAGGUCAAAGGUUGCGAGAAAUGGCCGAGGCAAAGAGGUGUUCUAGGAUUAAUGAACUGGAAAAUGAAUUGAAGGGCUUGGAAUUCCUUUUACAGCAGCUCAAGCAUGUGGAAGAGAAUGCCGUCCCAUCUUUCCUUUCAGCAACUGGAUACGUCUCGAAAGAGGAAAUAGAAUCUGCAGUUGCGAAAGUAACACAGUCUUUACGGAAAGCAAAAGGUGGACAAGUUGAAAGUGAGGAGAAGGCAGAUCCCUCUGCAGCUGAAAAGUAUACUCUCAUUGACAUCCCUGACAACAUGCUGACACCAGAGCAGCUCAAAGAAAAGAGGAGGCAGCUGUUUCUCAAAACCACAUCUGAGGGCCGGCAGAGAGCUAAACAGAAACGAUUUGAAGAGGAAUUAGAACGAGAAAGGCAAAACAAACGAGAUGAAGAAAAACGCUUGGAGAACCCAGAGCUUUAUUUGGAACAGAUGCAUGCUAAAUACAAAGAGCUUUCUGAGAAAGUUGAGCAACGGAAACGACAAAAGACAAAUGGCGGCCACACAAAUGGAAAUAAUAAUGGGUCUGGAGGUGUUGGCCGCGGGGAAAGAUUGAAUGCUGCCCAGAAGGAAAGGAUGCGCCUCNUUUUUGGUGGAGAAGCAAACUCANUUUUGACUACGGCAGCAUUUGAUCGAGGGAAGGCAUUUGAUCGAGGGAAGGGUGAGGAUACUUUUGGCAUCAAAGAUGAAGAUUGGCAGCUGUACAAGCUGAUGAGCAAAGAUAAUGAUGAGGAUGAUGAGGGACCAGACGAGGAUGAAGCAGAGUUGGCCCGCAUCUCUUCUAGGCUCCGGCAAAUAGACCCAACUUUUGUAUCCAAAUCAGAGUCAGGGUCCACUGCUGAAGUCCCACGUUUCCGUCCUCUCUCCAAGGAAGAUUUCCAGAUUAUGCUUGGAGUAGAAAGAUUUCGAUGCCCUGAAAUUCUAUUUCGUCCCAACUUAAUUGGGGUUGACCAGGCAGGGUUGGAUGAGAUGGCUGGUGUUUCAAUAAGGAGGUUACCAUCAAAGGGCCAAAGUUUGGAGGAGAGAAUAACCAAUUCCAUCCUUAUGACUGGUGGGAGCUGUCUCUUCCCCGGUAUGGAUGAGCGUUUGGAAGCUGGAAUCCGCAUGAUUCGGCCAUGUGGGACGCCAAUACGAAUCAUCAAAGCAUCCGAUCCUAUUCUUGAUGCUUGGCGUGGUGCUGCGGCUUAUGCUGCUGCCAUGCAAUUCCCACAGCAAACUUUCACAAAGAUGGAUUAUUAUGAGAAGGGUGAAGAUUGGCUUCGCAGAUAUCAACUGAGGUACACAAUCUGA